AAUGAUGAAAAGAAAUUACGUGAAUUGUAUGGUGACUGCUUUGCAAGAAGAGUUUUAGUCGGUGGUCAAUUAUUUAUCAUGGAUUUUAAUUCAGCAACUCCAACACAAGUUGAUAUUUUAAAGUUUUAUUUGUUCUGUAUAUAUAAUUCAGUUAAAUAUUCUAUAGACGUCAAAUUCAGCAACUUAUUCACUUUGGAUCUUUUACCAAAAUUAAUAACGUUGGACGGGGAAAAGAUAAAUACUCAUGAAAAAUUAACCAAUUGGAUGAAUAAUUUGUAUAAAAAGAAAAUGGUUAACAUAAUUUCUUAUGAUGAUCUCAUUCCCGUUUCUCAAUUAAAACACAAUAUAUUGUUUGUAGAUAGUGAUCUUGAAACUUUUAAAGAAAAGCAACCUGGAGUUUCUAAUUUUAAAGAGAAGUUAAAUUUAGACGAAUGGGUUGGAAACGCGGUAAAUAAUAAUUUAAUGACUUGGACUAAAGAUUUCAAUCUUUUACGGGGAUUAAUAAUUAAUAAGUAUGACGAAAUUGAAAUUAGCAAGGAAAUUCCUGUUGUCGUCACCAGUAUUCCUAAUGUCAAUUCGAAUAAUGAAUCUUAUUUGAAAAUUAUCAAGCCAUCGACAAAGUUAGAGUUUACUUUAACCUCCAAUAAUAUUUUCUCAAUUAAGAAUUUAAGCACUUUUCCAUUUAUUAAAAAUAGUGAUAAAAGUUAUGAGGGUUAUAAUUAUAUUCAAGUCAAAUGUGAAAAAUAUGAAAUUCUCUUAAAUAUUGAUAAUGUAAAACCUACAAAAGAAUUUGAGCAAGUUAUAGAGGAAGCACUUAACAGUAUGAAGCCAUUAAAAGCUUUACAAGACGUAUUCAACGAAUAUGGUCAUUUAUUUCCACAAAGAAUUAUAUUAG